UCAAGAUCCUGCUCUUCAAUCCACCUCUCGCUCACAAAGUGAGGAGACUUAAUAAUUGUUUGGAAGCAGGAGGAACUCAUUUUCUGCAGGCACAAGUGAAAAUUCGUGAGGCGAGGACGGGAAUGUCCCUGGUCAUGUGAACACAGCCCCGAUUCAGGGACCAGCCAAACCCCUCGUUUUUCACAAUGCCUUCACUGGCUCCCUACAGGAAUGACAUGAGUAAUGUACUCCAACAGAUUGUUACCUCCUCUUCCGAGGCUGACACUCUUGAUCAAUUGAUCCCAUAUAUCAAAGACUACAGCUAUGGCAACAAAACAUCGCACCUACUAGGCCAAUUAUCUGACCUUGCAUCAGCACGCGAGGCUGAGAUUGAGCAACAAUGUAACACCAAUCACCAGGACUUUGUCCAGUCGGUCAACCAACUCCUCCGCAUCCGCGAGGGCACGGUAACUCUAACCAACGAGAUUCUGGAGCUGAACCAAUCAAUUCAAACCAGCACAGAAAAUCUCGUAGAGCAGAAAAAGGCCCUCGUGGAGUCCCGAGGUGUAAGACAGAACAUCGACGAAGCUAGCCAUGCACUGCAGGACUGUCUCGAAGUUCUUCGCCUCGCAAAUCAGGUCCAGGAACUUCGCGACCAGAAGAAACACUAUGCUGCACUACGAGCCUUGGACGAAUUACAAACCGUCCAUCUGCAGAGCGUCACGCAGUACAAGCUCAGCGAACUCAUUCAGUCAUCAGUUCCAGCCACUCAGAAAUCGAUUGCUGAAGCCGUCAUGGCCGACCUCAACACGUGGCUCUUCCGUGUCCGCGAAAUGUCGCAGUAUCUGGGCGAGUUGUCAUUCUACCAUACCGACCUUCGGAUCAAAAGGCAAAAGGAACGGGCCGAGAAGAAUGCCUACUUAGCCAACUUCAAAUUGAGUUCGGCAAUCGAGCUCGUUGCCGACGAACGUGAAGAAGUCAAUCUGCUCAAGAGCGAAGACCUCGAAGUCGAUUUCAGCCCCUUAUUCGAGGCUCUACAUAUUCAUCGCUCACUUGGACAGAUGGACAAGUUCAAAGCCGACUACGCUGCAAGUCGAAAGGGACAAAGAGAUCUCCUUCUCCAGAACUCAAUUUCAUUGGUUGAUGAGGAGAUGGGUGAUUUGCACACUCUCCUGGAAGACAUCGCCGGGUUUGCCAUUAUGGAAACCGCAACGAUGAAAAAGGUUCCUGACCUACGAUCAUCGACUGAUGUCGAGGAACUAUGGGACAGCUUGUGUCAAACAGCAAUCAAUCUGAUGACCAAAGCACUAUCUCAAGUGGACAACGCGGAGCAUCUCCUGAAGAUCAAGAACCUCGUUUCGCUCUUCAUUCAGACCAUGACGUCUUUCAACUUCAACACCAGUGCCAUGUCCAAUUUCGUGCUGGUUCUAUUUGAGAAGUACGCGACUUUGCUCGAACAUCGCUUCAGCGAGGAUUUCGUCGAGAUUGUGUCCACGGAUGACUACAUGCCAAUGCCGAUCCAGAACGCAGAAGAAUUUGAAAAAGUCGUCAAUGUCUCGUGGUAUACUCCAGACCGGCCGAUUCAGGAGAUGACUUUCCCGACCGUGUUCCCCUUCUCGCAGAUGUACCCACUAUGCUGCAUCGACAUCCGCAACUUCCUCAACCAGUUCUACUUCUUCUCGUCGACCGAUGAUGCUCCGGGCCCGUUGGCAUCCAAGAUCGACUCUCAACUCUUAAGUUCCCUCGACGAUCUCUUGACGACCAAGGUGUGCGCAAGUCUCAUCUCAAGACUCUCGUCACAAUACCUCGGGCAAAUCGUGCAGAUUCUCAUCAAUCUGUCGCACUUCACCACCGCAUGUCGCGAACUCGAGACUCUGCUGACAUCGGCGCGUUCCAACUCUGUCCACGCAGGGGGAUCGUCGACGAUCACACUACGGGCGACGUCGCAAUUUUCCACACACCAGAAGACGGCAGAGAACCGCAUCUUUGAACUGGUCAACAGCAAAGUGUCGGAUCUGAUUGAAACGGCCGAGUAUGACUGGCUGUCGCGAGUGCCACCGAGUGAGCCGUCCAACUACAUCCAGACUCUGACGCGAUACCUGGCCAAUAUCAUCAAUUCCGUGCUGUUGUCAUUGCCAUCGUCACUCAAAGACUUGAUGUUGUUCAAUGCCAUCUCGUACACGGCGUCGACGAUCCUGUCGUUGCCGCUGUCUCCCACAGUGAACCGGAUCACCACGCCGGCGGUGGCACAACUCGCUAUGGACAUUGCCCACUUCCAGGCAUAUGUCGACACGCUGCCCAACAACUUGAUUCUGGUCGAGUCACUCGACGAGUUGGUGCAGACGGUGGCGCUGAUGUCGACGGAUCAGCCGGACGAAUUCUACGAUAUUUCGCUACGUAACAAGAAAUACCGCAACGUCGAUCCGCUCAAGGGACCCCAGCUGCUCGAGAAGGUCGUCCACGUCCAGGUCAAGAGUCCAACACUCGCCGGCCCGGGCCAUGAUCGUGGGUCCAGUGCCAACAGUCCUGGUGGUGGCUUGCCUGCCUCGGGCGCUGCGGCCAAUCAAGGCGGUUCCAUGGGGAGAAACACGGCCAAUACCUUUGCUGCGUUGCAGAAUCGUUUCAUCAACAGAUGAGCUGGGAACCAGUCGGUUUGUCGUUUGCCGCUUCUCGAGGUUUGGGGCCAACGUGGUUAACAGUGUCUGUUGGACUGUGCGGGCUGUGAUCGCAAUCAUGAUUGGAUCGGACUCGAGUGAAUGUCUGUCACACCCGAGUGCUUCAAACCAGCGGUCAGAGGCGAAAUGCCGAAGACAACAGGCGGACGUGCCAUGGCGGGCCCUCUUGGAAGAAGAUAGACAAAUUAUGGGGCACACAUCAACCUUCAUGUUGUGGGUUUUAUCAAUUCAUGUACUUUGGUUUUUCGCAAAGUUAAGCAUGCCUCUAUUGAACAUUGCGUGCAAGAACAGGAUAAUGUCAAGGCAAAUCAUGCACGUCAUCAUCGACCUGUGGUAUCAUUUCCCAUUGUCACUCUUAUAUUGACCCUUUUCAUCCUUUUGAUUGCCGCGAAAUUGGUCCGGCGCUUGUCCCGAAUUCGGGGCAUUUUCUGGCUGGGUUGGGGCCACAUAUAUGAACUGAGGACUGAACUGUGGAGUUACCAAGCAAGCAAAGGGCGAAAUAGAAUCGAGAGACUCUCGGAUCACGGGCUGACCUCUGCAUCACCAGUCAUCAGUUCAGUCAGGGCCUUCCAUUCC